GAAAUAGUACGCAUUAUUCGUCUGUCAGUCCGCAGUGCUGCAAUGUAAGCCGGUCUGAAAAUGUGUUUCUCGCUUUUAAAUCCGUAAUCUCGUGUUCUUUUUAAAACACUUGACCCUGUGAUUGUUAUUAUUGUGUGAAACAUGUGAUAUUUUUUUCAAUUGUCAUUGUGACACUUGUCAAUUGUUUUUAUUCUUUAUUUGUUCACGAUGCGGUGUGCUUAAUUGUCAAAUUAGUGUAGGUUAUUGUGGUAAACAGUUUUGUGUGUUUGUGAGUCGUUUUUAUAAUAUAAAAAUUUGUCAGUGAUAUUCUUUGUCAAAAUGACUAGUAUGGAAAGACUUGAGUCAUAUUUGGCUCAAGCCAAAAGCAAAAAAGUCACAGAAUAUAAGAAAGCCAUUAAAUCUUUACUAGAGUUUUGGGAGAAUGAUCCAGAAGUGGUUAUAGAAAAGAUAACUGAUACUUCUAAGGCUUCACAAUGUUUUAGUAAUUCUGGAUGUUAUUCUUGGAAUGACAUUUUCUUCAUUGUUCAUGAAUUAUUUUAUAGUGAAAUUGAUAGGAUUUCUAAACUCAGUGGUAACUCUGGAAAAUUGGAUAAAGAAAGAGUAGUCAAACUUGUUCAAAUUACAUCCCAAAAAGCCAACUUCUGUUUAAAAGCAAAAACUGUAGUUUCAUCAGUAUUAGGAAUAUUAGAGCCACAUAGAACUUGUGUGUUUUCUGAGUAUUAUGAAAUGUAUUUUAGUAUACUAAAGAAAUAUGUGCUUCAAGAGCGUUCUCAGAGAAUAUUUAUAGGCUCAAAACAAUGGUCAGCAUUAUUAGAAGCAUGUGAACAAAUUUUGAAUGAAAUUAUUCCAAAUGUUGAUUAUGUCAAAGUUCUUGAAGCUCUUGAACUUAUUAUUCGAUAUGGUUGUUCACUGUCAAAUUUAAUGUUUCAAGCCCAAUCAUUUCUUUCUACAAUUGAAAAAUUAUGGAAUAACUAUGAACAAUAUUCCAUGAAAUCAACUGAUGUUUUAUUCAAGUUAACUUUUACUGUAUGCCAUCAAAUAGCCACAGAUAGUAGGCAUAUUUUGUGCCAAUUUUCUGAAUGUCUUCCAUUAUCUUUAAUUGAUUUAAAAGGACCUGAAGAAAAAUAUAGAUUAUACCUUUUAUUUGUUAAAAUUCAUCAUCCAAAUGGCGCUACUUUGGAUGAGGAAAUUAGUUUCUCUUAUAAUCCAGAUAAGUGGAAGGCGGUGCUCAAUCUUUUGUAUCGAAUGAUAUUAAAUGAUAUUAAACCUUCAAAUUUGUCAACUAAUUUCAUAGAGUUAGCAGCAGAAGUUUUUCACCAGAGAAUAUUUAUAAAAUUGCCUCCUGAACUCUCGCAAAUUUCAAAUACAUUUGAAGAAAGUAUUAGUAUUUAUAUACAGCCUAAAAAAAAAAGGAAAUUAUCUGAUGAGAACAAUAAACUCAUUGACCUUGUCAAUGAACGUGAUCCUGAAAGAGCUUGGCCUAUGAUUCAGAUAGCCAUUACUUUAUACAAAAAGUAUCCUAAUUGUCUUCCAUUAGAAGAUUACAUUGAAUUUCUAGAAAUAAUAACCAAGUUGAUGAAUAAAGUCUGCAAAAAUGUAGCUAUAAUGGAAGAUUUGUGUAAACUUGCAAUUGUGUUUGUUCAAAAUGAAAAUAUCUAUGCUCCAAUUGACCUCAAAACUCAUUGGGAUAAAUUAUGGGAUACUAUAUUAAGUUAUCUCAGUAUAUCCCAUAGAGAAACAAUAAAACAGGGUUGCAUCUUAGUUCAAUGGUUAAUAUCUAGAGAAAAAGUGUCUAAUCCAAAUAUUUUAUUGAAACUAUAUUUGACUUCAUCAAUUCAGUGGUCAAAUGACAGCAUUGAAACACUCAAGGUUUUUUGCGAGCACAAUUUGAUACCUAAUACAAUUGAAGGCUAUGAUAUGAGUUCAUCAUCCAUGACAAAUGAUUCUAUAAAAAUUCAAUUACUACAAUGGACAUUAAAUACUUUAACUAAACAUUUAAAUAAUCCUCUAAAGAUUCCAGACUUUAGUAAAGUAUUAAUAGGAUUUACUCUCAAGUCUUGGUAUAAAUUGAAGAAACCAUCACAAAAUGUUGUUGAAAAUCAUUUCAUCAGUUCAGAAAAUAAUCCUUAUGAUAACAUCAAAGACAUUGAAGUGAAACAUAUUGAGGAAUGUUACUUGUCAUUAAAACUGCAAGGAGAUUUACUAAUAAAUAAACAGGAAUGUUUAAAUGCUGAGGCAAAUGAAGAUUUAGAUUAUUCAUAUGGAAAGAAUAUAAUGAAAUAUUUGGUUAAUAGUUUGUCAAGUAGUAUUCAAACAGAAAUAACUGAUAAAGAUUUGAGUUCAGUAAUAACAAAAGCAGUAGUACUUGCUACUCUUAUUUCAGAUUUGAAAGCAAUGAAAAUGAUUCCAUGCAGUUUCGACGAAUUCUAUUUAGUUAAUGAUUUCAAAGAAUAUUUAACAAGAAUCAUGAAUCAUAUUAUUAACAUCAAUUGGUCGAGAAAUAUUCGCUGCACUUUAGAAAUUACUAAAUCCUUAAUGACACUGUAUCGUUCGCAAUAUGAUGAAUCGAUUAAUCAAAUUAUUCUAGAUUUAACCGAGUUUUUGGCUUUGAAAAAAAUCUAUGACAUUGCAAAAAUUAGUAUGGAUGAAUUUCAAUCUGAUGAAAAAAUUCCUCAAUGUAAAAGGAACGCAAACAUCAUAUUAGCUUCAUACUGCUGCAUAAAAACAAACAAUGAAUUGUCCGAAGAUCAGAUGAAAAUCGCUAAUACACUUUUAAUAUUUGACAAGUACGACUUGUCCAUUAAAUCUCAUGCUGUAGGCGUUAUCACGCUUUUAGAUAUUUUAAUGGACAUUCCGCAAUCUGUGAUGAAUGCCGACUUCAUAAAACUAUUGAUGGAGUUUAUUAAUGAAUUGUUCAAUUACUGGUGCAAAGAUGAUAAAAUAAAUCGCUUCCUACUGAGUAAAUUACCGAGAUUACUAGAGAAAUUUUUAAAAUUUGGCGACGAAAAUAAUUCUCACAAAAUUUUGGAGAUUAUCCAGUUGUAUCACGAUUACUUUGCAAAAGGUGCCUUUGGCCAAAUGUCUCAUCUGUCUCUGAUUCAAUGUUUCAAUUGUAUCGUUGAAAAUAGAGCCCUUGCUUCUCUCGUCAAUGACAAUGUAGUUCUGAACCAAGAUAUAUUUACUACAUUUCUGAAGAGUCCGUACUAUCUCGUUCGCUACGAAUGCAUAAAAUAUUUACAGUCGAUAUUUUCAACUAAAAACAUUUCCAAUUUAUGGAAGCAAGAUUAUUUCAUCAAGUUCAAAGUAGCCGUCUACGAGAUCUUUCUCGUUGAUCGUGAAUUGACCGACCAAGCCAAAUCGGAAGAACGAGAGCUCAGAAGCGUCAGCGCGAUGCAGUUCUUGGCCACUGUCAUCUGCAGUAAAAGCAGUUUCCAGAGUCAGGCACUUUUCAUGAUGUUGCAAAUUAUAGUUGAAAAAAGUAUCAGUAAGAAGAAAGUGACGAAAAUUUUGGAAUUGAUCGAAUCGACGAACAAAUCACCAAAAAGCAUCGUCGUCCAGAACAUCAAUUAUCUAAUUGACUCGUGGUGCCAAGAUACGGAUAAAAAUUUCGAAGACUUUCCGCACUACUUUUUCUAUUGCGACGACGAAUACACGUUUUUGGAGCGCUACAUAAAAUUCAUCUUUCCCGCGUUGAUUCGUCAGCAGAGAAUCGAGGAUGCAAAGGAGAUCGCCAAAAAGCUCAAUUACUCUUUCGAACUAAUCUUCAAACAUUGCUGCGUCAAUAUCAUUCCUUGGGCACUAAUUGACUCGUCGAACGUUUUAGAGCGUAUGCAAAAUAACGAGAACGAAUUCGAGUCGAUUGGUAAAUUCGACUCGCUGAUCAAAGAAAACUUGCAAAAUGUGAUGAUUCAAAUGGUUCUACGACUGCACGAUUUGGACCACUUUUACUUGACUUUUGAGACGACGGUGAAUUUGCCAGCCUCCGAUCCACCUCAUUACGAGGUUGCAGCCAUAAACUUGGGCUUCCGUAAACUGAUGAAGGUCGUGGCCGGUGGCGCGCCGCAGUCCGUCUUUCUCAUCGUGAUCAAGCGCAAACCCAGCACGAUUCAGAAAAUAUUGCUGUUUCUCACGCGCAACAUCUAUUUCGCCCACAUAUGCGAGUACAGAGCGAAGGCCGUCCACCAAUACGUAUACUUUUGCACCAGAAUAAUCGAUCUUCUGAAAGAACCGUGCUCGGACCCCGUAGCCUCUUACUUCAUCCGAGAUAUCACCUGUACUUUGCUCAAUCUCGCUAAGGAGGAUGACGAGAUCGUGGCUAAUAUGUGUCUGACUUACUUGCACACAUUUUUGAAAAGUUUGAUGCCUUCGAGAUCGAACGAGAUCGGUAAAAUUCUCAGCACUUGCGUUAAAAUUUUGGGACCGAUGAUCGAGGAAAAAAAUAAACAGCAGAAAGUAACGAAGGUGUUGGAUUUACUACUGAAGGAAAGUCGACCCUUGCUUACCUUUGCCAUAAGCAGUCUUGGCAGUAUACCGAAAUCCUUCAGAGACGAAAAUAGUACGGAAAGAACAUUCCAGAGCGUGUACGAAAAUCUCGUUCACUUCCUCGAUUCGAACGACGAAAAGUCUUGCAGCAUAGAUAAUUUACAGACUUUGAAACAGCAGCUGAGCUCGAACCACGGAGAUCUCGAAAAACUGUACGAGGAGCUCGAAAUGACUCAAGGUUUCGCCGAGGACUGUGAAUCCAGCGUACUGCAUCGGUUGAUUUAUCGACUGAUACGACUCACGGAAUCGACCGACAUCGAUCUCGCUCUCGAGGCUGCCAAAUGCCUGGGGAUUCUGGGACCCGCCGAUCUCGGCACGAUGAUUCUGCAUCCGCAAGAGACUCAGCGUCGAGAAUCCGACUCGAAAGCCGACCUACUGACUCUCAAAAUUUGUGAAUCGCUGUCGGAGCUCGUCGUGAGCUCCGACAUCGAUAUGCGUGUUGCCAGUAGCGAUGCUCUUCACGCAAUUUUAGAAUCGGCAUGGGGUAAUAGACUGGCCGAUUUGACAGGAAAGGAGGCAAAUACUUUGAUAAACAUCGCCGAGUACUUAUAUCCGUUCAAAGGCCCAUCUAAGUCAAACGUGACCAAUUUACACGUCGACGUUGAAGAAUUUGAUACACUUUUUAUUGAUAAAAAUGAAUUGUGGUCUGGCCAGAAGGAGGAUUCCUACAGUUCGUGGCUUGCACAAAUAACUUCAUCUGUAGCUUGUUGUUUAGCAGCUUUUUAUAGCAAGAGUCUGAUACCAGUUUUCAAGCUCAACGCACAAUUUUGUGAACUAUCGUUACCUCGUUUAAUAUGCAUCAUUAUCGAUACCGAACCAAAUGCUGCCAAAAGAAUAUGCCAUUGCAUCAAUUAUUUUUUCCAUCAUCACUUCAACGAAGGCAGUUUGGACCCGCAUUCUGCUUUGACUUUAUCAAAGUCACGAGACGCCAUCCGAUGCAUGUUAGAAGUGGUCAAUCACUUGCGCAUUCAGACGAAUGAACGAGUUCCUUUGAAUUUCAAUUAUUUGAACAUAGCAUUGGCAGCUCAAUUCUGCUCCGCUUACUUUUCGUCGGUUCUCUACGCCGAGUUGUGGUGCCGAUCGAAUUUGGAUAACGUGCGCUAUUUCGACAGCAUACCGAUCAUCGAUCAAAUUUACGAGCAAAACGCCAAACGAGGCAAAAUCGUUCAGGACAUUUUAAAAGAAGCGUACUCGAAAAUUGGAGAUACCGAUUCCAUUCACGGCUGUGGAUCGUCUCAUCUGCAGGAUCGAAGAUCGAGAAUACCGUAUUACAAAAAUUUUCAAAAACUGGAUAAACUCGUACUAUCGUAUGACGCCGAACUCAGUGUUAAUCGCGACAUGUCUGCAUCGGGAAUGAUAAGUGCCUUGAAAGAAUCGAGCCUACAUUUCUUGGCUAAAAGUUUGAUAACUUCAACGUCGUCAAAGGAUGACACCAUGGAUGAAUACUGCUACGAUACCCUUUGGAGAUUGGCUGAUUGGGAUCAAGUCACGAAUCUGAGUUCGUCCAGCAAGUCCAAGAAAAAGGAAGAUUUUCCUGCUUAUCAUUACGAAGCUCUCAAGCAUUUGCACGAAAAUAGCAUUGGUCCUUUUAAACAUUUUCUCAAGGAAGCUCGCUGUCGCAUAAUCGAGGAUCUGAGGACGAUCAGUCUCGAAAGUUGCAAAGCCGUUUAUCCAAAACUCUGCCAGUUACAAAUGCUGCGCGAAAUCGAAGAAUUCGGAACGUGCGACCCGGAGGAUUAUGAAAAUCUGUUAGCCAAGUGGGACAAAAAGAAAUUCGUCUUCAACAAUCAUUUUCAAUACGUGGAACCCAUACUUUCUCAACGAACUACGAUAUUUCAAAUCCAAAACUCAAGGAAAGUUAACCCGAUCAUCAAAACUGCUUUUUUCAAUAACUUACUUGAUACAGCGCGACUGGCUCGACAGAGAGGUCAUCUCAGUGCAGCUGCGCGAGCUUUAGAAACUUUAUCUCAACAAGUUAAUCUCAAUGAUGAAACGGAAAAUCGACUUCUUUAUCACGAGGCGAAGCUGGCUUGGAUGCGAGAGGACGAAGAUAUGGCACGGUUUAAUUUACGACGCCUCAUCAAAAGUGAUUCGGUAAAGCCAAAUUUAAUGGCGCGAGCCUUGCGCGUUUACGGCAAUUGGAUAGCCGAAAACAAAUCGGAAAAUCCUCAGGCAAUAAUCGAGAAAUAUUAUGACAAAGCGAUCGAUGUCUAUCGGAAAAUGGACGAUUUGUCCGAUACCGACUUGAGCGAUGGAUGUCGCGCGCAAGCUGCUCUGGCGCAGUUCUCUCACGAGCAGUACAUCGUAAUCACGGACUACAUGAUGUCACCUCAAUUCGAAAGUCUCAAAGAGUGCAUCAAUUAUUCCCGUAAUGUACUAUCGAAAGAUCUGAAAAAUCAUCACGACCUAGACGUGCGUAAAGCUGUCUCGCUGAGUAACAGGCAAAUUUCGAAUGAUUCGAUCGAGGUUCAAAAUUUACACAAUGAUCAGGCUAUGUAUCUUACGAUUGCAAUUAGAAAUUAUCUCUCAACUUUACAAAACAGCGAAGAGCAUGACUUUUUAAUAUUCAGACUGGUCUCGCUGUGGUUGGACAACAUGUACGAUAACGAAGUUAAUGGGCUUCUGAACAAACAUCUGAAACGCAUUCCUUCCUACAAAUUUAUACCAUUGAUUCCCCAAUUGGCACCUCACAUGAGCAACGUUACCGAUACGUUCACGAAUAAAAUCGAGAGUAUACUCGAGCGCUGCGCCAUGGAACAUCCGCACCACACGUUGCCGAUCCUGCUGGCGCUUAAAAAUUUAUACAACGAUUCGAAAUAUUGCGGGAAAAAAGUCACCAAAGCAGAGCCUCGAGUGCUGGGUGCUCAACAACUCAUCCAACGGUUGAGUUCCACCGAAAUUGGUCCUAUAAUCGAAGAAAUGGACAGAUUAUCUGAUGCGCUCGUUAAGCUCGCAUACUACGACAUUGACGUAAAAGGAAGAGCACCGUCUGCAAAAUGCAUCAUACCAAAAGCCAUAUCGAUAUGUAAUAUACAGAAUUUCGAACAUGCAGCCGUACCGACUGUAACUGUAGAUAUAAAGAAAAAUGGAAAAUAUUCGAACGUUGUUUGUGUAGCAGCAUAUGAUGAGUUUUAUGGUAAUGUCGGCGGAAUCAAUGCCCCCAAAAAAAUCAUUUGUCUGGGAACUGAUGGAAUUAAAAGACCUCAACUUGUGAAGGGUAAAGAUGAUUUGAGGCAAGAUGCAGUUAUGCAGCAAGUCUUCACGGUAAUGAAUAGCUUGCUGAAAAGUAACAAGGAAGCCAAGCAGCGAAGAUUGUACGUCAGGACUUACAAGGUAGUACCAUUGACUCAGCGCUCGGGAGUACUUCAGUGGUGCGAAAAUACCCUGCCUCUGAGUUCCAUAUUAGUUGGCGAGGAGGGUCUGCAUCGCAAGUAUUAUCCCAACGAUUGGUCACCAAACGAUUGCAGAACGAGACUUCGGUCGGCCAAAACGAAUCCAGCCAGGCUAUACGACGUUUUUAUCGAGUGUUGCAAACACCUGCAUCCAGCCUUCCAUCACUUUUUCACGGAAAGUUACUUAUCGCCGGAAACUUGGUUUGAAAGACGUUUGGCAUAUACACGAAGCGUUGCGACGACUUCUAUCAUUGGAUAUAUUUUGGGUUUGGGAGACCGACACGUUUCAAACAUUCUAAUUGAUGAAUCAACGGCAGAAGUUAUUCACAUUGACUUUGGCAUAGCUUUUGAGCAAGGCAAAGUAUUGCCAACUCCUGAAACCGUUCCAUUCAGACUCACAAGAGACAUAGAAGCAGCAAUGGGUGUCUCGGGCGUCGAGGGAACCAUGAGACGUUGUUGCGAAGAAACCAUGACUGUACUUCGAGAACAUAGAGAAAUUAUUGUCACACUCUUGCGCGUGCUGCUAUACGAUCCGCUGUAUUCGUGGGCCAUAACACCGGCCAAAGCGGCUACUUAUCAGAGCGAAUACUCGUCGCGCUCCAUCGACGGCAAAGAGAGCAAUUCUCCAGGAAACGUUGAAACGAACAAAUUGGCAGAAAGGGCUCUUUUGCGCGUACAGCAAAAGCUUCAAGGUAUCGAAGAGGGCGUAGCAUCGAGCAUUCCAGGUCAAGUGGAGCGAUUGAUUCAGCAAGCUCGUGAUCCUAAAAAUUUGUCCAAACUUUUCGAAGGCUGGCAAGCUUACUUAUAAAAAUAUAUAUUUCAGCUCACAUUUCAUGGGUACUGUCUGAUUUUAAUUUAUAAUUCAAUUAUUUUUUUACUGUUUUACUUGACAUUGUGUUAAAUGUUGUGAAGUUGUUUUAUGAAUCUUAAGAGAGAACUUGUGAUAAGUGCGCCUUUACAUUUUAAGUUAGAAUGCUAAAAUCGUUCAAUUUUUAAAUCGGAGAGCAUUUAAAUUUCCAGACCAUAAAUGUACAGUAGGUUUUAUCAAAAUUUCAGUUGGAAGUAUAUUAUAUAGCAGACUUCAUAGAGCUGAGUUCAUAUUAUUGUAAAGCACUACCAUUCUGCUUUUUUCGUAUAUAAUUUAUGCUGAAAUCAUUACCAAAUAUAUUACAAUAAAGUUAUUAUAUUUUUA